GUGUUGCAUGAUACAGAACUCUGUGUAAUGAAAACAAUGAUGUCUGCUGCACUUUCAUUCAUACUUUUUCUCUCUUCUUUGAGCUACAGUUGGGCAUCCAAGCAACACAAUGUCUAUGAGGAGCUUUGGGAUAUGAACAUGGACAUCGCAAACAAGACUCUCCAUGUCGACUUCCUGCAGCAAAUGCAAAGCAACAGCCUGCAAGCUGAGCGCUAUGUCAACUUCACCUUGCAGGACAUCAAUUACGUGCUCGAGGUUACCAAUAUGCUGAAAAUGAUGAGCGAGAGGGUAAAAAAACCAGAAGACAUCAGAGACUUCAUUAAAGGAAGAUACACAAGUUACAGGAACUUUUUGGGCAUGUUACUUAACCAGUAUUUCUUUAAGAAUGCACCUUCCAUCAAACCAACACCAGCCAUGAAGAAAUAUCUGGCAAAUUACACAAAGGUGAUGAAGAAAGACCCUAUCUACUUCGCUGUGGCUCUCCUGCCCUGCUCCAGGCUCUGGGUGUGGCUGGCUAACGAACUGGACAUACCUGAAACCAAUGUCUACUACAAAUGGAAAGUAGACAAUAUGUCUGGCAACCCAGAAAAGCAUUACAAAGCUCUACUGAACAAAUAUCUAAAGACAAGUGCAAAAAUAAAAACUGCCACUGCCCUGUUCCGCAUGCAAAUGCAGAACGAGCAUGACUUCUUUGCCACUUCUUGAAUUGAUAAUAUUGUACAUUUUGUCAGCUUGUCCUUUUUUCAUUCAAAAGGUUUGUCCUUUACUUAAAUUAUAUAAAUGUGUUUAAGUAACAAACAGUUGAAUCACCACAAAAUGAACCAUCACUUUCUUCAUUGA